AUGGAGGAGAGCUGUGUUCUACAAGUACUUCUCGAUGAAGUUAACCAGGAGCUCAACCGGUUCGAAACACAGAUACAUUCAGAGCACACUAGCCCACCGGCAUAUGGCUCGGAAAAAAGAGAGCUAGACCAACAAGUCGCACUUCAGGUUUGGAAAUUCGAACUCGAAAGACAACUGGUCGUUCUGAGUGACCGCCAGACCGCGGAAGCCCUAGAGCUGGAAGACGAAGCAGACGAAAGUCCACUGCCAAGGAUCAGUUUCACAAAAUGGAUCGCGAUGACUAUUCGGAAGCUCAUCACCUCAUUAAAACAUAUCCUAGGAAUUACCAAAAUCACGAGCUGGGCCGAACCAAAGUUCCGAUUUUGUGCUUGCUGUCGAGCAUCUCACAGCCGAGGCUUCGAAGCCCGAUGCUCCCAUUUCUACUGUAACGACUGCCUAUUAACCAUGGUCACAAUGUUCCUGAAAGGUGAAUCACCUCCGCCAAAAUGCUGCAAUCAAUUGAUCUCCGGCCCGGGAAUGAAAACAGCGAUUGGAAGCACUGUGGACCAAAAGUUGAAAGAGAAACUCAUCGAGUUCAACGACCCCGACAAGACGUACUGUUCCAACGAGAGAUGCUCGCGAUAUAUCGUGUUUAAAAGGUCCUUUCUGUCAAGGCUUACCACAAGACGAAUCUACACCUGCGUGUGUGGAUUCCGCACGUGCAGAAAAUGCAAAUCUUCCGCUCAUAGUGGAUUGUGUCUUCACCCGUGGGACGCCGCGUUCGAGUGGAUGAAGAUGAUCUCGAGAUGGCAGGAUUGCUUCAAUUGUGGCCGUGUGAUUGAGCGUAUUAGCGGCUGUACGCACAUGAUGUAA